AGUAGUUGGUGUCGCGGUCUUUGCUGAGCCGAUAUUCCUCUGUACUUCACUGUAGUUUGUGUAGUUCUUGUAGUUUGUGGUGGUUUUACUCCAUAAAGUAAAGCCUCACUGGAGGACGGAGCGCUACCCCAGCGGAGCCCUCAGCGCGGUAAGCCGGUUAGAGAGCGCCAGGUCUGGGCAGCAUGUCCGCUACAGCAGCGCGGUUAGAGAACGCCAACCCGCUCAUUUUCCAGCGGGCCGGAGAGCGACUCCUCACAGCCGGGGAGGAGGACGAGGACGUGGCCGACCCCAUCGACGACAGGGAGAUCUUCGAUCUUAUUAGGUCAAUCAAUGACCCUGAGCACCCUCUGUCCCUUGAGGAGCUGAAUGUCGUGGAGCAAAUGCGCGUAAAUGUGAAUGACCAGGAGAGCACGGUCUCUGUGGAGUUCACGCCCACCAUCCCUCACUGCAGCAUGGCUACUCUCAUAGGGCUGUCAAUCAAAGUCAAACUGCUGCGCUCUUUACCAGACAGGUUCAAGAUUGAUGUCCACAUCACGCCAGGCACACAUGCCUCAGAGGAUGCAGUCAAUAAGCAGUUAGCGGAUAAGGAGAGAGUGGCUGCAGCGCUGGAAAACUCACAGCUGCUGGAAGUGGUCAACCAGUGCCUUUCUACCAGACCCGUGUGACCUGACCAGUUCAUUGUCCAGCCAUCCUUCUGUGGGAGAAACUCUGAGCCCUCUUGACUGCAGUUUGUUACAUUCAUGCUCUUCUCUAGACUGACGCACCUGCUACACUGCACAUUCAGCUUUUUUGAAGAAAGUAUUUUGUGUCAGUGUUCCUGAUGCAGUUCCUUCAAGAGGUUGUUCUCUCUACACUGUAUCAUGAGCACCGUUUGACAAACAGUCACAGAACUCGUAAGGAGCAAAAGAAGGAACAGUAACACAUAGCUGAUAACAUGUUUGCACUUGCUUGAGUAACGCUUUGCUGCUUUUUUGUAUGUAUAAAAUCAUAUACAGUGCAAUCCAGAAUACUUAAAGGGGAACUCCACCGAUUUUCCAAAAUUUCUGCAACGCAAAUAUAGCCAUUUUAUUUUCUAUCCAAACUCACCAGUAAAUCCACAUGUUUCUUCUGAGUUUUUAUAUGUAAUGUUAAUGAUAUAUUUUCUUUUGAUAUUUUGCCUUAAAGUGCCCUGCAUGUCCUGUCCACCAUGAAUAAAUUUUGAAAAAUAUAUUUUGGGCCAAAACCAUUUUAAGAUAAUCAGGAGACAGUCUCUGCAAAAGGCAGCGUAUUCAAAACCAUUUCAUGUAAUAACUUUCUUUAAGGGAGCUUUUAGAAGCAUUAAACUCUUCAGAUGUCUGGUUCCAUUCACCACCACUGUGACUUUAACAGUCUCGUUUAAAUAAUGCAAAAAUUGUGAAAAAUUGAUGGAAUUCCUUGUAAGACAGAGUACGAAAUGGAGGAUACAGUAACAGUGUCAGGAUGUCCUUCCACAGCUAAAAGUCUGAAACAGAUGUUUUAUUUGUUGGUACAUCAUCUGCACAGUUUCAUAAGGUGUGUUUGCCUAUGCUGUCUGUAGAUCCUGUACACUUUACACAUCAGCAGAAUUUCGAAAAUAAAUGAGCUAAACAGAAGCAAAUAUGCAUUUCUCUAAUACAGUUUUGUCUCAAAAAUCAAAAGUGUCAAAAAGUUUGAAUUGAGCAGCUCAUAGAACAACCAUGCUGGGUAUGUAUAAUAAUGAAACUCUAUUAUUUAAUUGCUUGAAAUGAGAUCUGAUCAUUAAUAGAGCUACAGAAGGACUAAAAGGCCACUAGGUGUCACCCAAUGUUAGGCCACGUUUGAAGUGAACGUGUUUGACAUGCCUGUAUGUAAGAACCUAAAUAAACACAAAGCACAUUUUCCUUGUUCUUAGGAAUGCAUAGUUUAUUUUGCCAUGUUGUUAAAGCUUCCUUUUGUGAAAAUAAAAUUGCUAAAACCA